AGGAAGUUACCCGCCAACAGGAAGUUACCCGCCAACAGGAAGUUACCCGCCAACAGGAAUUUACCCUCCAACAGGAAUUUACCCUCCACCAGGAAGUUACCCUCCACCAGGAAGUUACCCUCCACCAGGAAGUUACCCUCCAACAGGAAGUUACCCUCCAACAGGAAGUUACCCUCCAACAGGAAGUCUGCAUCCGUCCGGAUUAACCAGCUGUGUAAAAACAAAAGCCGUGCCAGGUUUGAAAACACUGCCAACCACAAUCAACACACCCCGACCACAUCCUUCAGACGUUGAUGCACAUUAUUCGCUUCCCUCCACACGAUAUACCUGAUAAUGUGUUUUAACAGACAUGAGAGCAGCAGCUAUGGGACCGUCAGCAGCAACCGGUGGAUUUGUUGUCUUCUUUCUCUCCGUGUCAGUGGUACAAAGCAGGAAGGGUUACAUUUCUGUUGAGAUGUGUGCAGUGAGAGGAUCAACAGUGGACAUACGCUGCAGCUACAGGGCUCCGUCCACAGGGAAGAGAAGCUCUGUCUCAGUGAAGAACGUCCUCUGGUUUACUGACACUCAGGAGGAGGGACCUGUGGACCUGAGCUCAGACUCGGAGUAUGCAGGGCGAGUGAAGUAUUACUGCGACAAGACCACCUGCACCUUAAGGAUCUCAGACCUGAGGGAGAGCGACUCAGCUGAGUACAAGUUCAAAUUCAAGGACAAACCCAGCAAGAGAUUCACCCAAUCAGGAGUCACUUUAUCUGUCACAGGUCCAGAUGUGCAGGUGCAAGUGAGCAGAUUGUAUAUUUCCUGGGUAGAGCUGCAGUGCAGAAGCUCGUGUCAUCUACCUGAUCGUCCUUCAUUUAUCUGGUACAAGAACGGACAGAAGAUUCAGGAGGAAACAUCUUCCUCUUAUUCAGACUACUUUAUUCCUGCAGACAGUUAUUCCUGUGCUGUUAGAGGACAUGAGGACUUCCCUGCUCCUUCAGUGUGUGUCAACAGUCAAACCUGCAACAGAGUGAUUUACACUGAGAGAAGCAUCUGCGCCCCCAAAGGAUCAUCAGUGGACAUUUACUGCACGUACAGCAGUAGUGAAGGUAUUAAAUCAAAGUUCUGGUUCAUUCCUGAACGUAGUCAUCAGGGACAGAAUCCCUCUCAACCCGAGGACCUUAGUAAAGACUCCCAGUAUGCAGGUCGUGUUCAGAUCUUUUCACCAUGGAGAGGACACUCCACUCUGAGGAUCUCUGACCUGAGAGACUCAGAUUCAGCUCAGUAUCUCUUCACAUUCAAAACACCAAGCUUUGAAUGGAGGAGUGAUUUACCUGGAACAACUCUGACUGUCACAGCUCUGCAGGUGCAGGUGAUCAGAGUGACAGAGCACCAGUUCUCCACCUAUGCAGAGCUGCAUUGUCGCAGCAGCUGCAGUCCGGCUGCCGGUCUCUACGUCUGGUUCAAGAACCUUCAGAGAAACACGACGGAGGAAACUUCUAAUUAUGCAGAUUUCUUUUAUUCCGGAGACAACAUCUCCUGUGCUUUCAAAGGACACGAGGCUUCCCGCUCUCCAUCACUGUAUGCUCCAAAGCUCCCCUCUGUGUCAGUGAGUCCCUCUGCUGAGAUAGAGGAGGGCAGUUCAGUGACUCUGACCUGUAGCAGUGAUGCUAACCCAGCAGCUAACUACACCUGGUACAAGAAGGAUGGAAACUUUAUAUCUCUGAAUGAAGGACCACAGCUUGUCUUCAGCUCCAUCCAGUCCUCUGACUCUGCAGAGUAUUUCUGUACAGCUGAGAACAAGCUGGGGAGGAUUUCUAAACACGUCUUUAUCAAUGUAAAAUAUGCUCCAAAGCUCCCCUCUGUGUCAGUGAGUCCCUCUGCUGAGAUAAAGGAGGGCAGUUCAGUGACUCUGACCUGUAGCAGUGAUGCUAACCCAGCAGCUAACUACACCUGGUACAAGGAGGAUGAAGACUCUCCAAAGGCUUCAGGACAGAUCUUCAACAUCACUGACUUCAGAGCUGAACACAGUGGGAGUUAUUCCUGUGGAGCCGAGAACAAGUUAGGAUGUAGCAACUCCACCUUAAAUCUGAGUGUUGUGAAAGUUAGAGAGGCCUAUCGCAGCCUUUCUGACCAUGAAAGCAGAGAGCAACCAGGAAGUCAUAAUUCCAGUUUACAUCCAGACCAUCCGGAAGAUGCAUCGAGGUCACACAUUGGGAUAACACUCGGUUUCCUCCUGUUCAUCAUCAUCAUCAUCCUCUCUGCCUAUCUGCGGACUAGAAGAUACAGUUUGACCAAUCAACGGCACAAGCUCAGACAGAGACUGAACAGCAUGGCACAGACCCUGCCGCCCCUCACCUGCCCUCAGUUUGUCCUCACAGUGUUUUCUGCUCUGACCAAUCACCUGACCCGUAUCAGUCGUACACGCUGGCGUGCUGAAUGCUCAUCGAUUUGAGAAAAGUUUUUAUUCCCACAGCAACAUUGGAAAUAAAAUUAUUGUUAUGAAUACAAA